GAGUGUUCUCACGUAUAGUAUUGCGCGUUGAGUUGCAAAGCGUCGUCGUCGUCGGAAGAGCACGUUUCAGGGUGGCGGACGAAGUGUCGCAGAGCGUGUGUAUUGAGGAAGUGAGGGAACAAGGCGCGAGUCAGGUUUUGUUGAGGUGAGAUCAUUCCACUCUCCGCAGUGGGCAAGUCAGUAGUGGUUCAGAAGUACCGCAAUCUAGUAGUCCUGGUUCGGUCGUGUCGGUUUUUUUCGUCGUCUCCCUGGAAUCCAAGCAAGCCGCGAAGAAGCAGAAGUGUUAGGUCAUCGGUGCCACUGGUCAGACAUCCGGCGCCUCCUUCGAUCGAUUCUACCAGAGUGAGAGAGCCCGCAGAGAAAGUGACCAACAUUGCGACAAACGGCUGAGUAAUGUUCAGUGGAUUCACAGGAGGUGCAACAUCCUCCUUGAAGAGCCUCGGCAGCAAGGCCGAGGGCCUCUUCGACAAGAAGAAGAAGGAAGCCCAGGACCUGGCCAACGAGAAGGUCCAGACGGCGCAGAGUUUGGCCGAGGAGCAGGCCAAAAAGACGCAGGACGCGUUCAACGCAACCAAGCAGGAUGCGGAAAACUUGGCCAGCUCGGCCAAGAGUGAGGUCGAAGCGACCAAGCAGCAGGCAUCUGCGGCCGCCGAAGGAACCGCCAGCGCCGCGGGAACGUUGAUGGACCACGCCAAGCAGGCCGCCGAGAAUGCCGUCCAGCAGAGCGCCCAGGUCGUCGAGAAGGCCAUCGAGGACCAGAUGAAGGCCGCCGAGGAGAAGGUCGAUGAGGGCAUGAAGACGGUCAGUAACGAGGUCGACAAGAAGAUCCAGGACACCAACGCCUACGUCGAUGGAAAGCGAAGCGAAUUGGUGCAGACCGUCAACGACACCGCUGCCAAGGCCCAGGAAUCGGCCUCCUCGACGGCCGCCGGACUGCUGGGCAAGCUGAACCUCGGAAAGUAAACUGCUGGCCGCCCAUGUUUUCUUUCAAAAAUCUCUAAUCUGAACCACAGAGCUUUGAACCGAAAUUAUAUGAGAACCCUUCCUUCAGAUAACAAUUAUCCUAACAUGAAAAAAUACCAACACAAAAUGAUAUGAAAACAACUUCUUUGAGUCUCCAACGAUGAUAUUACGUAGUAAGCGCCUAUAAUAUAUUCAUAAAUUGUAAGAAGAUAAAAAGAAAACAGUUCGUCCUUAGGACAGCUUCGUAACGUUAGAAAGUUUAUUAUUCGUAAAACAAAAAGAACACAAAUUACCCAGCCCAAAAAGAAACGGGCUGUUGGAUAACCAUUGCUAAUUCUCACACAUUCUCACACACGUUUUUAAGAAACGCAUUUGCGCGCACAAAAUUACACAAAAAAAACACUUAUUAAAAAAUUUCCUUAGAAAAAACCUAUAAAACGCUUCAAUGCGAAUACAAAGCAGAUGGCCUUAUUGAAAUGCAAAAAACGCUAGUGAAUUGUUGAAAUUACGUGAUGCUGAAGACGACAUAAAACCCCAACUUACAAAGAUGACCGCAAACGAAUACAAAAUAUAUACAAAUAUUGCGCUAACGCCUUUGCCUGGGCAAGUUUUUUCGAUUAUAAUCACACUAGAACUACCAGAAGAAAAAAACACUCUUAUAUUGUUACAACAAGUAGUGUAGUGUGAUUCUUUUUUCGUCUUUUGAAAAUGUUUUUAAACAGAAUAUCAAACCAUACAAUAUAAACAAAUACAUGAAAUAAACAUACUGAAUGAUAAAUAAAAUCGCGCAAAGGCGACCCACAAAAGAUAAGUGAAUUACAACAAACAAACAAACAACAAUUUGAUGCUUUUUCGUCAAUUUUUACCUUUUUUCAGUAAAAUCGUAGAGGUUAGCACGCGAUCUAACGAAAAUGGAAUAUAUGAAUAAAUGUUACCAAACUA